UCAGUUACAGUUAACUAACUGUUCUUUUCUGCUGUCCCUGGAUGGGUGUAUUCCUGUCAGGAAAAAAUAUAGUCACUAAAGAUUAAAGAACAAACCAUUUUCUCCUUUAUCCUCACUGCACUUUAAAACAAAUGAAAAAUACCACUAUAACAAGGUGACAUUCUCACAGCUUGACAUCAAAAGGCAAAUAAUUGUGUUUAAGCUUAUAGUAUAAGCCUGCACUUAAGAAUCAAUUGAAUGUUAAUUGUAUUGUUGUUUACUGAGUCUCAUAUUCCACCUUUACAGAUGAUCAAGAAAACAGUACAACAAUAUACUGUGCGUGUGUGUGUGUGUGAGCAGAAUUGACCGUAAACCUCACGCUAGGUCCCCGCCCACUUUUUCUGACAUCACUCCGAGUGGACAGAUUGAGCGCGAGCAUGGUCGCCUGGGAGACGGGAGGCUGAGGAGUGUGGACCGAAUUACGGGGAAGCGCGCGCGCGGGGGAAAAUGCCCAAGACUACCAAACUUUUCAACGAAUAUGGAUCAGCGUCGGAAAUUUUGGGAUGAAAUCUAAAAGUCGGCGCGAAGUCUAAGCAGUAAACAGGUGCUCUAACCUGGGCUCUAUAGCGGGCUGCUUGUAGUGGGAAGCGCAAUAUCGGAGGGAGCAAGAUGAAAGAACUGUGGAUGUGUAUUAGAACUGGCACGCGCUCAGGAUGAUCAUACACUUUUAGUAAUACAAUAUGCUACAUUAAGUAAUCGUGGAGUUAAAUACAGGGAUUGCUUGGUGUUGUUUUUUUACUGCUUACAACAAGCAAUCAGCACUAAAAGGAGCUGAUGUAUAAUAAGAAAAAAAUCUGAAACUAAAACGUUAGAGAAUGGCAAGGAAGGAAAAGUUCCUCCGGAAACACUGACUGCGCACAUGGAGAGCUAAAUGCAGCUGUAUGAUGGAGCGCUUUGGGAAUCUCCUGGUCUCACUGAGGAGCGCUGUGCUCUGGAGCAUCCUGUGGCAAUCAAUGUCCUGUUAUGAGAAGACUCAUUCACAUGCUGAGGACGAACUCUUCAAGAAGCUUUUCGUUGGAUACAACAAGUGGUCGCGACCUGUGCCAAAUACCUCAGAUGUGGUCAUUGUUAAGUUUGGCUUGUCCAUCGCCCAGCUCAUUGAUGUGGAUGAGAAAAAUCAGAUGAUGACAACUAAUGUCUGGUUAAAGCAGGAGUGGAAUGACUAUAAAUUGCGCUGGAAGCCGAGUGAUUAUGACAAUGUGACGUCUAUCAGGGUGCCGUCAGAGCUCAUCUGGGUUCCAGACAUUGUUCUUUACAACAAUGCAGAUGGAGAGUUUGCGGUGACCCACAUGACCAAAGCUCACCUCUUCUACACAGGCAAAGUCCGCUGGGUUCCACCUGCCAUCUACAAAAGCUCCUGCAGCAUUGAUGUCACCUUUUUCCCCUUUGACCAGCAGAACUGCAAAAUGAAGUUUGGCUCAUGGACAUAUGACAAGGCUAAGAUCGACUUGGAGCGCUUAGAGACCACCGUGGACCUCAAAGACUACUGGGAGAGUGGAGAAUGGGCCAUUGUCAAUGCUGUGGGGACGUACAACACCAAGAAAUAUGACUGCUGCCAUGAGAUCUACCCAGACAUCACGUAUUUCUUCAUCAUCCGACGCCUUCCUCUGUUUUACACCAUCAACCUGAUUAUCCCAUGUCUACUGAUCUCCUGCCUGACGGUGCUGGUCUUCUACCUGCCGUCAGACUGUGGUGAGAAGAUCACACUGUGCAUUUCUGUCCUCCUCUCGCUCACUGUCUUCCUGCUGCUUAUCACAGAGAUCAUUCCGUCUACAUCUCUGGUCAUACCGCUGAUUGGCGAGUACCUGCUUUUCACCAUGAUCUUUGUCACGUUGUCCAUUAUCAUCACUGUGUUUGUGCUGAACGUGCACCACCGCUCACCAGGCACCCAUAAGAUGCCAAGUUGGGUGCACACCAUCUUCCUUGACAUCAUCCCACGUUGGCUGUUCAUGCGCAGACCGGCUCCCUAUGGACGCCGUCGGCAGAGGCUGCUGCUCCUGAAAAGUCGAAGGUCACGAGCAGUCAGAGCUCCUGCUGGAUCAUGUUUAAGCACUUCAGCCAGCUGGUUCAGGGAGGUGGCUGAGGAUGCGGAAGCACACACACGAUGCUUCUAUGAAGACCUAGAGCUGGGUACACUGUCUUCUAAUUUUUCUUUCUCCUUUCGCCCUCCUUCUCCUCGUCCACCUGGGUCCACCCCAACUCCUUCUCCUCCACUUCCUCCUCCUCCUUCUUCUUCUCUGCCUCUUAAACAUGGACCUCCUAUGAGACAUGACACAGUGCUGGGUGCCAGGCAUACAGGGGGUAGAGUGAACCAUACUAUGCGGCAAUCAGACAACGAGCGAUUCUCUUUGUCUCCCAGCAUCAUGCAGGCUCUGGAGGGAGUUCACUACAUAGCAGAUCAUCUGAGAGCACAAGACGCUGACUUCAGUGUUAAAGAGGACUGGAAGUAUGUUGCCAUGGUGAUUGAUCGGAUCUUCCUGUGGAUGUUCAUCAUCGUUUGUCUUUUGGGUACCAUCGGCCUGUUCCUUCCCCCCUGGCUGGCUGGCAUGAUCUAGAGCCACUUAUAUAAACUUGCAGACACGCAGGACGGGUGCUGUGGAAAUACUUGUCAUUACAGACAGGGAGGGAGUGUGCCACGUGGAUAAAUAAUACGGAAAAAUAUUUGACUGAAGAGCACGAAAGUCCUAAUGAAACAGAAUGUCUGUCAGCACUGUGCAAGAGAUUUAUCUUUGAAUGUAUAAAGCAUUGUAAUGAAUACUGAUGAAUAAAA